CUGCAAGCCAUGCAGCGGGCAAGAACAAAGAUUACAAACCAAGAAAAAAGGGAUGAGCCAGUGGCCUACUCAACACAAGCAAUUCUCAGAACCAGAAUGCUGGACACACAAGGCUCAACACCCUGAGUUCAUUUAAGGGAAGCUUUAGAAAAGGCAAAGCAGCCACAGUGACAGAAGUGAGAGUCCACAGCAGGAGGUGGACUGGCUGGGGAGAUGGAAACGUUGUCUCUGGUUAUAAAGGUCAGAACCGAUUGGACAGAGAAGAUGUCUUUCGAUGUGUACGAAUGUUGCCUACAAAUAAAAAGACUGAAAAGAACAACUGAGCAGACGGCGGGCGGUGCUUGCUGUUGACCAUGUGAAACUUUCCAAGAUAAUGGCAAGUGUGUGAAGACACAGCAACUGUGAGCAACAACACUGUCAUCCCACGAAGUCACCCAGUCCCUCCUCUCCAGGCCGGUUUAGCUGCCAUAGCCACGGCUACCUGCUUGCUUUUGGUGACCUGACAAAGGAAUUCUCCACUCUGGGUGGAAGUGGUGGUGAGCCUGGGCAUGGCCUGGGUGAAGAGCAGGUGCCCUUUUAUGCUCCCUGCCCUGUCAUCAGUGAGGGCUGCUGGGCAGAGCUGCUAGACUCGCCCCGGGCAGGAAAACCACCUCCAGGGGUGAGGACCUGAGUCUUCAGGGCAAAAUGACCCUUUAAGAGUCAUGUCAGCACUGGACGCAGUCACAUCUGUGGACUGUUGCAGAGAGGAGCCGCAGGACCAGAACCGAUUGCAAUCCGCACCCCUAGACGGGCCAUGAGGACGGUAGUUGGGGAGCUACCAGGUGGGUGAGUCCUCCCCUGGCUGGGGGCGAGGGGGGCCACUUUUGAGGCUAGCACGCUCAAUCCCCAUUUGUGGCUUCACCCUCUGUCUCCUGGGCUGAGCCAACAUCUGCACGUGGACAAGUCUGCUCCAGCCCAGGUCUUGGCUAGUGCCCAGCCCACACGGGCCAGUGUCUCUCCGCCACCUCCGGGCUCUAGCGGAACCUGGAGUGCUCCAGUGGGUGGUUCCCAAACCAGGGUGCCCUGUGUUGCAGCCCCUGCCCCCUGUCUGCCAGCCACUUAGAACUGAUUGCUGAAGGCUCUGGAGCAGGGCCCCCUCCUGCCGGCCACCUUCCCUGGGAAGCCUGGAGAUAACAGCGCCUCAAGGCCUUGACCUGUUGGAUGAGCAGGCCCCCCUGAAAGAGUCCACUGUGUGAGAUGGUGCAGCCGAGUGGUGGCCCGGCAGGGGACCAGGACAUGCUAGGUGAAGAGUCUUCUCUGGGGAAGCCAGCCAUGCUCCACAUGCCUUCAGAGCAGGGCACCCCUGAGACCUUCCAGCGCUGUCUGGAGGAGAAUCAAGAGCUCCGAGACGCCAUCCGCCAGAGCAACCAGAUGCUGCGCGAGCGCUGUGAGGAGCUGCAGCGUUUCCAGGGCAACCAGAGGGAGGAGAAGGCCUUCCUCAUGCAGAAGUUCCAGGAGGCCAGGGACUUGGUGGCGAGGCUGAGCCUAGAGAAGCGCAAACUGCGACAGCAGAGGGAGCAGGCCCUACAGGAGGUGGAACGCCUGAAGACAUGCCAGCAGCAGAUGGCUGAGGACAAGGCCUCAGUGAAAGCCCAGGUAACAUCCUUGCUGGGGGAGCUGCAGGAGAGCCAGAGUCGGUUGGAGGCUGCCACUAAGGAGCGCCAGGCUUUGGAGAGCAGGGCCCGGGUGGCCAGCGAACAGGCCCGGCAGCUGGAGAGUGAGCGGGAGGCGCUGCAACAGCGGCACAGUGUGCAGGUGGACCAGCUGCGUCUGCAGAACCAGAACAUGGAGGCUGCCCUGCGCAUGGAACGCCAGGCCGCCUCAGAGGAGAAGCGGAAGCUGGCCCAGCUGCAGGUGGCUUAUCACCAGCUCUUCCAAGAGUAUGACAGCCACAUCAAGAGCAGCAUGGUGAGCAGUGAGCGGAACCGAGGACUGCAGCUGGAGGAUCUCAAGCAGCAGCUCCAGCAGGCUGAGGAGGCCCUGGUGGCCAAACAGGAAGUGAUCGACAAGCUAAAGGAGGAGGCAGAACAGCACAAGAUUGUGAUGGAGACUGUCCCAGUGCUAAAAGCCCAGGCGGAUAUCUACAAGGCAGAUUUCCAGGCUGAGAGGCAGGCCCGGGAGAAGCUGGCUGAGAAGAAGGAAUUCCUGCAAGAACAGCUGGAGCAGCUGCAGAGGGAAUAUAGCAGGUUGAAGACCAGCUGUCAGGAGUCAGCCAGGAUUGAAGACAUGAGGAAGCGGCAUGUUGAGGUCUCCCAGCCCCCCUUAACCCCUGCCCCAGCUCAUCACUCCUUUAACCUGGCCCUGCCCAGCCAGAGGAGAAGCCCCCCUGACGAGCCGCCCAACUUCUGCUGCCCCAAGUGUCAGUAUCAGGCUCCUGACAUGGACACCCUGCAGAUACACGUCAUGGAGUGCAUCGAGUAGGGCUGCAGGCCGCCAGGCAGCCCAGGACCGUGCUAUCUGCUGCUUUCCUCUCCUGUCUGCCUGGGCCUGAACUAGGGACAGCUGACACAGAGUGAGCGCCCUCUCUGAACCCCGAGACCUAGCCACAGGCCCCCAUGCUUCCACACCCUCGUUUACGGGUUCGCCUCUCUUAGGGCAACACAGAGCCCCAGCGAGGCCCACCACUGUGCCCUUUUGUUUCGUUCUGUCUACCUGAGCUGCUUGGCUCUGGGGUUCACACUUUUUCCACCUGUGCUAGGAAGAUCACGAGCCACAGCCGGGGCUCCUGGACACUGGCUUCCCAGGCUGAGAUGGGCAGAGCCUUCCUCCCAGCCACUGGCACAGCACCUAGGGUGCAGGUCUUGUAAGCUGGGUGCUGUUCCCUUGGCGGCUGCAGUACAUUGGACUGAUGCUGUCUGUUACUACUGGACAUUGGGGUUGUCGCUGUGGUACAAAAUCCUUGUGCAUCUCUCAUACGUACCUUGGGUUGGAUCCUUCGAAGUGGCAUCAUUGAGUAUCCACCAGGGCUAGACAGCACUGAGGCCCCUACCCUGGUGUGCCUUCCUGCUCUCCCCACAGCUCUGCCACGGGUGAUGGUGUCCAAGAGUCGGGGGGGGGGGGCUUGUGCCCAUCCCACAAAGUGAGCUCCUUUCUGUUAAGAGUAAGCUUGUCUUAUCUUUUCAGAGCUUGGAGGGUCAUUUUCACUUCUGGUAUAAAUGGCCUGCUUGGAUUUUUUUACGUAUUUUUCUGUUGAGCGGUUAGUCUUUUAUUCCUUGACUUACAAGAGCUCUUUGGUCAUUAGGGGGAUCGACUCUUUUCGAGUGUGAUGUAACCUGCAGUUAUCUCUUCUUCCUGACUUGGUACCGGUGUGUUUGCACUGGAGCCUGUUCUUUGUUGUUUCGUUUAUCCUGCACAACUUCGGGUUUAGCGUUGUCACCACCUCUUGGUCUGAGGAGGUGUGCAUGCCACAGGUACACUUGCCCCGUGCUGCCUGAUGUUGCAAUGCACCCUGGUCCUCCCCAGGAGCGCUGCCACCAAAGUCUGUGGUGCUGUUCCCUGUGCCAGCCCCAGAUACCCCAGCCUGGCCAACAGAAGCCACUUCACCAUCUCUGGCAGAGUACCAGCAUCAGAGAACUGUUUUAUAGUUUUGCAAGAAUCUGGAUAUUUCCGAGGAUGUUGACGCUGUGGGCAUCAACCCUGUAAUUGUGGUUUCCUUCUCAGCGCCCAGCAUCCCUCUGUGCCCCGGGGGCUGCCUGGUUGGAAACGGGAUGACACAGACCCCUGUCCCUGGGUUUUGUGUGGGACACCUGCUAUCUGGCAGUGCCAGGGCGGACUAGGAUCGGGAUAUCAGUCUGGCUAGAUGAAGGCCCAGCCAGCAUCCUGUUCUGAAAGCAAGCCUGGGCUGGGAGCUUUCUUGUCAUCUGCAGGGGGAGACUGAUCUACUUCCUGAAGCCCAGUGUUCAGUUGCAAAUGGUCCUUCAGGAACAUGUUAAAGGCACAGAUAGGUUCUCUGCUCAUGGAUGCUUUUUCAAACUGUAUCCUGCAAUUUUUCUACAAGAGCACGUGCCAUUUUGGGGGAAUGUAUUAGUUUCCUGUUGUUGCUGGAGCAGGUGACUUAGGCCUCCCACUUCUGGAGGCCUAAGUCUGAAAUCCAGGUGUGGGCAGGCUUUGUUCCUUCUAGAGGCCUCUCUCUCAGCUCCCAGUGGUCUUCCUCAGAAUUCCUUGGCAGGUGGACGUGUCUCUCCAGCAUCUGCCUCUGUCUCUACAUAGUCUUCUCCACUUUUUCUUCUCUUUCAAGGACACUUAUUGGAUUUGGAGCCCCCUCCCCCCCUCCCCGCCCUGAGUCAUUCAGGAUGACCUUGUCUCCAGAUGUUUGCUUUCAUCGCAUCUACAAAGACCCUUUUUUCCAAGUAAAAUCACAGUCACACGUUCUGGGGGUCAGGACAUGUGCAUCUGUGUUGGCCACCGUUCAGCCCAGCACAGGGUCAUCUAGUGCCCACAGAUGAGGACAGAUGUGUUUGAAGGCAGGCAUCUCUGGGAUUGGCAGCUCUGUUGGAGGGCUUGUUCCCUGGGGUGAUGUUGACCACUGCGCUCUGCAGAGGUAACACUGUGGUGAGGAAAAAUGGAGUUGGGAAUGGGGUAGGUGCUUGCAGGCUCGGGGACUGUCGAGCCUCAGACCCUUCAUCUCCAGCUGGACAGCGCUGCUGAAGCUGAUGCACGUGGCUAGGAGAAAGAGGAUGACUCUGUUGGACCACUUGCAUCCUGGGUGGUGGCUCCUGGCUGGGUAGGGAUUGGUUUUGUGCUUCUAAGAUGACACGUAUACACCAGAGUGCUUCUCUGACCAGCUCCCUCCUCUGAAAGGGGGCUGAAAGAAGGGAGAUCCCAGAGUGGUGCAAGGUGAACAUUCUCUGCCCCACCCGCAACCCAGGAGAAUUUCUGCAGCUCAGGCAGAGGCCCCCACCUAGGCAGCACAGUGGCUGUAGUGGGAGCUUCACACACAUUCCACCUCUGCCCCAGAGCAGCUGCUUUGGGGCUGAUUGGGGACCGGUCACUGGCCGGGACCCACUGCUGUCUGGAACCUUCUCUUCCUGCAGACUGGGCACCCCUCGCACCCGGCCUCCUGCCUCCCAUGGGGCUGACAGGAUGUGAAAGACUGAAGGUUUUCAAUCAGGCUUCUGAAACAAGGGGCUGGAUUCCUCCCGUGAGGGAAGCAGCCUGCCUGCGGGGUCAGCUGUGGCCCCUGGACCCUCAUGACCGUGGGUUUGGGUGGUGGAGAUGGACAGAUAGGAUCUCCACGUUGGCAUUGUCCGUUGCUUCCACACACCCUGCUUCAUUACCUGGUUAAGAGAAUGCACGUUAAGAGCAAUCAGAUAAGCACAAUACAAAAGCAUUUCUUUCUCAUGAAUGACUAGAAUGACAUAGACUCAAACUAGACAAAAAGUGAUGUCAAAAUGGCAACUAACGCUGACUUCCAGUGCCCUGUUGACAAGGCGUGGGGACCCACUGCCAUGGGGCUGGUCGGGUGGGAUGGACAAGCCCAUAGGGAGUGUCCUAGCCUCCUCAACCCCGCGACUUCAACACUGUCAGGCUGCUGGCUGCAGCAGCAUCUGUAGCCACCAAAGGCCAUGGAGUAGGAGGCAGCACUUCUGGAGCCGUGGAUACCUCGUCACCUGGAACCCACUCUGGAGCAUGUAGGUGUGAAAAAGCCAACAGAUACAGUGAUAUAUGAAGUGUGACCCCAAUAAAAGAUGGAGAACUGUUGUGCGUGCCCUGCUACCAUUUGAA